AUGACAAAUUGCUCUGGAAAAAGUGAUCUGACUUCCAAUCUUGUCAGCUAUAAAUCUAGGGAACAACUCUCGAGCAAAGAUGUACAAAGAGAUUACAAUCUACUUCUCCAAAUUUCACGAAAGGUGGAGCUGGGUAAGCAAGAGGCGAGGUGCACUAAAAUGUUGAGUCGUAACAGCAAGCAUUUGAAUAACCGAAAACAACAACAACGAAACUUACUUGAAGCGUUCAGCUAUUAUGCAAAUAAAAGCGGCGUGCAUAUAAUUGCGCUUCCUGAAGGUAUGUUGCGGAAGCGAUUGAACAGAUCAUACUAUGAUGUUGAAAGAAGCCUAUGCUGCUGGACAAUAGAAUGGGUGAUUAUCAACUCGCGUCUCGAUAAGAUGGACACGAUACUCUCGCAUAAUAACCACGAAAAUCAGUGUUUGGCAAAAUUGCUUCCGCGCGACAUCCAUGUCAAGAUACGACAAAAGUUUCCUGCUCACAUUUCACAAUCUGGACCAGCAACAGAAAUCAAUUCGCUGAUUUCAAGAUCAGACAAUAAUCCGCUAGCAUCACCGCUAAAUGGAAAGGAAGAUGAGAAACAAGACAACAUCGGAAACACCCUUCACUAUUUUCUACGGUCCGAAGUAAAUAGCGACGUUUACUUAUCACUCCGCGAAGAUAUGUCGAUCAAGACUAUUUUGAAACACCGGUCGGUCAUUGAGUUCCCUACCAUAUAUUUGUCAAUCGAGCCCAUAGUUCAAGAUAAAAUCAUUGUGGAACAGCUCAUUGAAAGAAAUAAUGACAAAGAUGAAGUGCGUCUCUCUACAGAAGAGGCGAUUUCGAGUGACGACGAGCCUCCUGAGGAAACUUCGAUCAAACAUCAAUUAGAGAAUUGA